CUAUCGGUCUCCAUCAUUUCUCAGUGGAACAGCGACGCGAAUACAUAGCCACAGCAAACACCUCACUACAUUUUAGCCCAGCACCCCGACACACCGUAGGCGCUGUGAAGAAAACUCGGCAUGGGGGACCAUAUUGCUAUUUUCCUGUUGAUGCUUGCGUCCACGGCAUUGUCUCUUGAGCAUGGCCAAAGAGGCCGUAGAACCCGUAGUAGAGCCAGAACCCGAGCCGGAACCAGAGCUGGAAAUCGAGCCCGUGCAGGAGGCGAGCCGGCCCGCCCUCCUCGACGGGGAGGAGUACGAGGAGUACGACCAGGAGGAGGCCGCCGAGGACAACGACCAGGACGGCGACGGCCAGGAGGACGAGGAGGACGACGAGGAAGAGGAGGAGGACGACGACGACAUCGCCGACGACAGCGAGCCCACCGCCAGCGUCGCCAUGACGACCACCACAACCACCACCACCGAGUCUGUGGAGGAAGUGGUCAAAGAGGUGUGCCUGUCCCAAGCGGAGACGGGCCCGUGCCGCGCCAUGCUGCCCCGCUGGUAUUUCGUGGGCGAGGAGGGCCGCUGUGCCCCCUUCAUCUACGGCGGCUGCGGCGGCAACCGCAACAACUUUGAGUCGGAGGAGUACUGCCUGUCCGUCUGCAGCAGUCUGAUGCCCACUCCCACCCCCGCCACCCCCGAUGCUGUGGACCAUUACCUGGAGCUGCCCGGAGACGAGAACGAGCACGCUCACUUCCAGAAGGCCAAGGAGAGCCUGGAGGCCAAACACAGGGAGAAGAUGAGCCAGGUUAUGAGGGAGUGGGAAGAGGCAGAGAGACAAGCUAAGAGUCUCCCACGUGCAGACAAGAAGGCUGUGAUCCAGCACUACCAGGAGAUGGUGGAGGCCCUGGAGCAGGAGGCGGCGCGCGAGCGUCAGCAGCUGGUGGAGACGCACAUGGCCCGCGUGGAGGCGCUGCUCAACGACCGCCGCCGCAUGGCCCUCGAGAGCUACCUCACCGCCCUGCAGGCCGAGCCCCCCAGGCCACGUCAUGUGUUCAGUCUGCUGAAGAAGUAUGUGCGCGCCGAGCAGAAGGAUCGCCAGCACACGCUCAAACACUUUGAACACGUCCGCAUGGUGGACCCCAAGAAGGCCGCUCAGAUCCGCCCCCAGGUGCUGACCCACCUGCGCGUGAUUGAGGAGCGCAUGAACCAGUCCCUGGGCCUGCUCUACAAAGUACCUGGUGUUGCUGACGAAAUCAAGGACCAAGUCGAGCUUCUCCAGAGGGAGCAGCAGGAGAUGUCUGUGCAGCUGUCCUCGCUGCAGACAGACGUGCGCGUCAGCUACGGUAACGACGCCCUGAUGCCCGACCUGCCCGAGAGCACGGCGCCCCAGGAGACACUGCCCCCAGUGGAGGGAGGACUGCUGGACGGCCUGGGCUUCAUCCACCCCGAGAGCUUCAACCAGGCCAACACACUGAACGAGGUUGAACCUGUCGAUGCUCGUCCCAUGCCAGACAGAGGACUUCCCACACGACCAGGCACAGGGCUGAAGCUGGGAGAGAUUCCUGAGCUUAAGAUGGAGGCUGAGGAGAGGCACAGUGCUGGAUACGUCCACCACCAGAAACUGGUGUUCUUCGCUGAGGAUGUCGGUCCUAACAAAGGUGCCAUCAUUGGUCUGAUGGUGGGAGGGGUUGUCAUAGCGACCAUCAUAGUCAUCACCCUUGUGAUGCUGAGGAAGAAGCAGUACACCUCCAUCCACCAUGGAGUCAUUGAGGUGGACGCUGCGGUCACUCCAGAGGAACGCCACCUGACCAAGAUGCAACAGAACGGCUAUGAGAACCCCACCUACAAGUUCUUUGAGCAGAUGCAGAACUAAGGGGCUGAGAGCCAACCCUCUACAACCCCCAUAUCUCCAACCCCCCACCCCCCCACCCUCCCACCCUCCCUUCUCGCCCCAUUCCCUCAAACUUUCUUCCCGUUCCCUCCAUCCAACCCCACCCCACCCCCCCUCUCUAGUUCUGGACAGUGUAGGAAGGACCCAUUCCCUUAUUCAACACAGCCUGCAGCAUUCACCACUAACAUAAGCAUGAUCCUUCAUGAUUGGUCAGUGACCAUGUACGUCAAAAUACCAGACCCGCCAGCUUUAUUUGGAUUGGGAAGGGCAGUUUUGGCCCUGUAGUCUCCCCCUCCCAUUGGCUGGCCCCAUAGCUCAGCUCAUCCUCCCCCUUUUGGAGGCAGAGCGUGGAAUGCAAAUCUCCAAUAGGUGUUCUAGAAUCAGAACUGCUGGUGUUCCUCCCCCGUGCUGGUCUUCUAUCAGACUUGGGGCAGUUAGAACUGACCCUGAGUCUGUGGGUAGUGUGCGCUGAUGUGUUAGCGUCGGGGUUGAACACUCCCCCAUCUCUACCAGCAGCCAGAUCACACCUGACGGUUGGUUACAGUGAGGCCAGCUCUCCUCUCUGAUAAUCUCUCCAUCAUUCUCUCUCUCUCUCUCUUUCUUUCUCUCUCUCUCUCUCUCUCUGUCUCUCUCUCUCUCUCUCUGUUCCCUCCCCUCCUCGUACUUUGACGACAGCAGUGCUGUGUUGCUAAGGUGAACUAACCCUGAGACGUGGUGGAUGAUUGUAUUGGUUGUAAUAAUGUUGCGCUCACAAAUGAGAGCUUUGCUUUAGGGUUAUCCAGCAGUCUGGUUUGUUUUUCAGAAAAAGAAGAAAAAAAAAACUAAAAAUGGUGGGGGAAAAAAGGAAAUGAAAAAUACGUCAAUUGUGGUUCUUUUUUUUAUUACGUGUAAUGUAUUGACGUCAUCAGGACAACUAGCUGUACUUAUUUAGUGCAUGGUGGAAUAAUUAAAAAAAAAACAGACAAAACAAGAUUUGAAAAACAGAAAUAAAAAAAUAUAUCUGCUGUUCGGAAAGGGUCCUUUCUCACGUAGAAACCGUGUCAUUUAGCAGAGUUGUAUAUCUUCUAGUAUAUUCUUGUGAACAUGUGACUGAAUGGAGAUGGAGACAUGAAAACUGAAAUUAGAAUUGGCUUUCUGCUUUGAUAUCAUGUAAACAUAUAUUUUUUUUAGAUCAGUGCUCAUGCUGAUUUUGAUUUUGAAUUUGAUUUUGAUUUCUUUUGUCUUUUCUUUUCUUUUUUUACUUCACUGUAUUCCUCUUUCUUAACCGGGGAGGCUAGUUGAAUCGGUUUGUGUACAUUUGCGUAUUUGUUUAAGUUUAAUGUGUUUGCAUCCUAUGCAUUUAUUCAGAGAUUAAUUUAGUGGCUUUCUGAAGCGGCUGUAUUUAAUUGAUUCCUACUCAUUUCAUGUGGUCACAUGUGUGUGUUUUUUAAUGGUUACACAGGGCCCAAGGUUUGGGGUGGGGAGGGUUCCGGGUUGUUUGUUUGUUUGUUUGUAUGUAUGUCUGUUUAUGUCUGGAUGUAUGGUUUGAGGGUGGGUGGGUGUGAAUGCGAGUGUGUGUGUGUGUGCGCAUGUGUGCGUGCAUGUAUGUCCUUUCCAGUCAGGUUAGCGUUUCUCAUCCAAUUCCAUGUCAGUUGGUAGAAUACUUCUUCUGUCCCUCCACUGAUCCACCACUGUAUUCCACAAAAGCACAGAAAGAAGCUCCCCUCUCUAUCUAUCUCUCGCUGUCUCUCGGCUGCUGUAACACAAUAUCUUUAACAGGGAGAAAGGAAAACAACAUCAAAUAAAAAAUAAAAAAAAACAGGUGCAGCGAUGCACUUGGUGCAUGUCUUAGAGGAGGACCGACUGCAGGAUAGAGGGAAGGGGAAGAGGGGGGAGAGGCAGGUGAAGAGAGCCUUGCGCUUGUCAACAGCGACACCUCUCCCACCUCUGCAUGUCUUGCACUCCUUCCUCCGUUUUGCUGUCUUGCAUUCACCCCCCACAGUCUCUUUUGUUUCCAGCCACCCCAUCCCACCAACCCCCAUCUAGCUCCCCUUCACCAACUGCAGAAUGUGCUGUUGCUUACGUCUUAACUGUGCUGCUGCAGACACGCAGCCAAAACAAACAAACAAAAAAAAGCAGACAAAACAAAAAAAAAAUAACAGACCACAAUGAAAGUCAUACUCUGGUGUGUAGACACAACAAAUGAAUGUGUUUUUAUAGGGUUUUUUUUUCUCCUCGGAGAUGCCGUUCAAAUUUGCAUUCUUCAGCUAAGCUCCCCCCACACCCCCCAUCCCACCAUUACACUCAAACCUAUAGGAGCCCUGCCCAUCCAAAUCUCUUAAACACCCAUGCCACCCCCUAGAAAACUACACUCCUUAAGUCAUCUUGUUCUGUUUAGACUACUCCACUCCCAGUCGAGGACAUUAGCAGGAAGCCAUCCUGGUGUAGGUCUGUAGGUAGGGCCCUGUGAUCUAUUUGCAGACCCUCGGAGGCCAAAUGGAAUGGGAGCGAACAACUGCUCUUAAAGGUGUCGGGGGGAGCUGGGGAUGGCGGAGACUGUCCCCUCUCUCUCUCUCUCGCUCCUCCAUUCGGAUUGUUCUGUAGCUAGACACUGGAGAGAUGCUGCAGGUUGGCAGUAGAGUGUUUGAGCGUUUGUGUGUGUGUGUGUGUGUGUGUGUGUGUGUGUGUGUGUCUGUGUGGUUGGUUUGCUGUGUUCCUGAAAGAGGCCUCCUGUGCAGCGGGUUGAUGUGGAAGGCAGCGGAUUGAGAAAGCAGGUGUUUCUCUCUUCUUUAUUUCUUUCUCUCUGUGACUUUCUCUGUGUAUGUGUAAGAAACAAUACAUUUGCUUUGACUGGGGGAAAAAAGCUUUCUACACUGUAUUCCAUAAAUAAAGUUUUGAAUGUACAUACAGAAA